AUGGAGCGCGCCGAGGCGCUGCGCGAGUUCCAGAGCCUGGUGGAGCGCGUGGGCGGGCGGCAGCGGCUGCUGCUGGUGGGCGAGGCGCGGGCGGGCGCGCCUCCGCCUCCGCCGCCGCCUCCUCCUCCUCCUCCGCGGGCCCAGCUGGAGGCCUUCGCCCGGGACCUCUUCGCCGAGCCGGGCAAGCCGCCGCAGGCCGAGCCGGCGCGGCCGCCCGUGGCGCGGCGGGUGCGGGUGCGCGGCGGCCCCGGCGGGUGCGGGCGCGGGCGUCCCCGCCUGUCGUGCCCGCUGCUCUUCGUGCUCUUCCGCGCCGGGUCGCUGCUGCAGCCGCGCUGGCGCCGGGAGCGGCUCCGCUUGCGCGAGAUCCUGCGCGACCUGCGCAGCCAGCUGCCCGGACGCCGCGCUGCCUCCGCGCUGCCUCCGCCCGCCGUGGUCGGCGUGGUGGUGGUGGCGGCGGCCGAGCUGCCGGGGACCCACGCGUGCAGCGGCCCCUCGGAGCAGCGUGGCGCGCAGCCGGCCGAGGCCGAAGAAGCCCGCCUGCAGCUGGAGGCGCUGCUCCGGCAAGUCUUCCGCCGCGGCCGGCGCCCGGGGCACCAGGACACGCUGCAAGCCGCCACGUACCGCCCGGGGGACGCCCAGGGGGCCGCCGAGGUCCGGGCCGCCGCCUGCCGAGCGCUGAGAGCCGCCCUGAAGCUCCGAGCAGAUGGGGUGGAAACCAAGAAGCGGAGACUCCCUGCCUUCCUGCAAUGUCUCCCCUGGGGCAGAAGGGGACUGCAAAGGAAAAGGCAUUUGGAAUCAGCCGGCAAGCAACAUAACGAAGACGCCCUGCAUGAGCCAAAUGAAGGCAUCGCUUUGACCAACGUGAUGCCCAACGGGAACUGUGAAGACGGCAGCGCAGGGGCAGGCCCUUAGAACACCCGGUGGAUUUCCUCCGUUGCGGCUGGAACCUCCCUCCGUCUCCUUUUGGAAGCAGAAGGAUGGUGGGCAGGGGGUUGUCCAAAUAAUGACUUUUGGAGAAAACGCCUUCCAAAUCCACUACUCAGUUUCUUUGAAAGAAGCUGUUUUUUGCCUUUGUUUGAUCCUCGCAAGCCCUUUUGUAGCAAAGACGCAGCAAUGCAACCGGCCUGGGUGAGGCCGCCACCUCCUCCGCCCGCCGCCGCCUGUGCUCCAGUGCAAGGCCCCACCCAGGGGCAGCGCUGUCUCUGCUCAGUGAAGUAAAAGGGGUGACAGCCUGGCAUCUCCGACUGCACUAGAACCACAUCAGAUGCUUGAACCUUGCACAAGAAGUGGCAGCGCAGUGCUGCUUGUGGGCUGGGGUGCGCACCACCUCACAGCGGUGUUCGAGCACAUGGCUCUGACUACCUCUGGCUUCUCUCUUUUUAAUGUUUACUUUUAAGUUCAGGAGUUGCUCCCUUCCAGUGUGAAAUAGAUAGGGAAAAUGUCUCCUGUUGACCUACAAAGCUUUUCACGGUCUAGCUCCUUCCUAUCUCUCCUCUCUCAUCUCACACUCUUGCCCCGCUCGUGCUCUUCGCUCCUCUGAUGCCAUGUUUCUCGCCUGCCCAAGGGUCUCUCCU